AUGUAUUUGUCGUCGAUCAGCUCCCGCUUGCUCUUGUACGAUACUAACUGUUGGGAUUUGAAGAAAUCUUACGGUUGUUAUGAUGGUAUCUUACGGGACAUAUCUUGGAGCGACGACAGCAAAUACAUUUUACAGGUCAACUCAAAAGGUCUGUUAGAUAUAUUGAGCCCCGCAGAUUAUGACAUCAGAAGUUUGCAACAUGUACCAUUGAAGGACACUUGUGUA